CGCCCUCCCCACACGUUUUUAACUUCCUCUUCCGCAACGAGCCCCAGUCACCCACCACCAGUCCCACCCUCCAUUGCAGCUCAGAGCCGAAACCUCAAAAAACGCCUCAUCAGAUUCUCCUCCUCGUCAUAAUAGCCCUAAUUCAAUUCUCUUCCUCCUCCGUUAACCGAUUCCGUCUCCCUCGAUCCUCCUCCAGUCCCUCCAAGGACCCUAACAUCGCAAAAUCAACCUCCCUCCCGAUCUCCGAUUCUAUACCGGAACCCGACGUGUCUGCACCUUCUGGCCAUCCUCGUCUCCCCAUUUCAGUGGCGUCUUACCCGACAGGAUGGUCGGAGGAGGGAGCAGGAGGGACGAGGGGUCGUUCGUGAUCAGCAGCAACAACGUGUUCGCCGCCCUCGAGACUCUCCGCAAGAAGAAGAAGUCUGACAGGUAUAAGGCCUCCAGGAGCGCCACCAAGUCCUCCGCCUCCUCCAAGUCCGCCGCCCCCAAGGAGCCCGAGCCCGCCCCCGUCUACUGGGCCCCCGCCCCGCUCAACUCCAAGUCCUGGGCCGACGUGGAUGACGAAGAGGAUGACGACUACUAUGCGACCACCGUGCCCCCCCAGUCGGUCUUGGGGGAGGAACCGGAAAGCAAGGACCAGCCCAGCAAUGUUGAGGAGGAUACAGAGAGUGAGGAAGAUAUUCUUGACGAAGGCGAUGAAGAUGUAGAGGAGGAGCACAACCAUGACUCGGAAGUUCCAAUCGACCCGGAGCCUGUGGUGCAGAAGCCUAUUGAGAUGCCUACGGCAACAAAAGAAACAGAGAAGCAGCUUUCCAAGAAGGAAAAGAAGAAGAAAGAGCUCGCAGAACUUGAGGCUCUGUUGGCUGAUUUUGGUGUUGCUCCGAAUGACAAUGGUCAACAUGAGUCACAUGACGUCUCGCGGGGGAGGAAAGAAGGAGAACUCAAUGGUGAGGGAGAAAAGAAGGAAAGCGUGCCCGGAGAGUCCAAAAGCGCCAAGAAGAAAAAGAAGUUGAAGUCCUCUUCCAAGGAGGCCAAAGAAGAAGUCCCAGGCGGACCUGAAGCUGAGACAGUGCCUGAGCUGACUGAGGAAGAAGACACUUCUUCUUCUGUUGAUGUGAAGGAGCGGCUGAAGAAGAUGGCCUCAGUGAAGAAGAAGAAAUCAAGCAAGGAGAUGGAUGCUGCUGCCAGAGCUGCUGCCCAAGAGGCUGCUGCAAGGAGUGCAAAGCUCGCAGCGGCGAAGAAGAAGGACAAGAACCAUUACAACCAACAACCAGUUCGGUAAGCUCUGUCUAUUGUUAGCUCGUGUACUCGGUUCUGUUCAUACGACUGCGAGACAGAUAAUAGCGGGUUUUAGCUCAGGUUUUUGGAGAAAGCAAGGGGACCAUUUUUUGGGCCCCCCUCUUAGUUGCCUUUUGAUAGACCAAGGUUAGUUUUUCAUUUGACUUGUGAAAGUUCAAUAGGACUAAAGGAGUUUCAGUUUUGCUCACUGAGAGUCUACUUUCUUGGAUGGUAGUUGAUAACUUGAUACCAUGUGCAAUGUCUUUAAUUAAAAACCGUGGCACGCUUUCCAAUUUCA